AUGAGAAUCACGUUAGCCAUUCUGGCUUCGUGCCUCAGCUCGCACGCUGUGGCCAAGGGCUUCUCGCCGAGCAAUGCGAACCAAUACUGCAUGUACGCCAUAUAUGAGUCCUUCUCUCCGUUCAAAUGGCAAGAGAACAGCAGCUACACGAGCGCGGUAUCUCAAAGCUCGACACGUUCCAGCUCCGCAUCUGGGUGUACGAAUAUGCUCGAGGUAGCAUCGAUAUAUGCCUCCAUGCGAGCGUAUUGUCAUGGGAGGGCAUACACUGUGGGCCUUGACUUUUGGAAGAGCCUGUGCACUAACGGCGGCUCGGCAUUGAUGGACUUGAACGAGAUUGAGGCCAUAGCUACCACCAAGUACAUCGAACAGCUACCCGUCUUCAGCCCAGGCGCUUCGAACUCGGCCUCAAUUUCCUCCGCGGUACUGCUUGACAAGUCAUACUAUCGACGAGCCGUCCGCAGUGUGACCGCGGAUGAGACCGAUGAUUCUCGCUCGUUGAAGAUUGCUUGGGGUAUUCACGGCUUUUGGGGAUUGGUGAUACUGGUCGGUAUCAUUUUCAACUUCCUGACUGGGCUCUUCUACUGUCGAGAUGCAGAGCAAACCCAGGACCCAGAGAAACCUAGAUCUCCGUCUCCCCUCCGGCGCCUAUCGGCAUCGAAUCCGAUUACCAAAGUCUAUAAUGCUCUCAACACACACUUGAUCCUAGCGCCGAGUCUAGGGACUAAUGGAACUCUCGCCUAUCAGAUCUGGGACACAAUGGGGCCGAGACUUGGCCUACUCGCCUUCGCAUGCUUGCCGUGGCUGUGGGUCUUUGCAGGCCGAAAUAAUGUCCUGAUUUGGGCCACGGGCUGGAGCUUCCACACAUUCAAUGUGUUCCACCGGCAUCUCGCCAUCCUGACCAUUCUCUUUGCCAUCAUCCAUUCUAUAUCAUAUACCGUCAAGUACUUGGCUUAUAGUGAGACUCUGCCUCUGCAACCAUCUCCGUUCCGGCUAACAUCGCGCCUCAAGACCCGAGCAAUGCUCAUGUGCUUGAUGAUCCCGUUCUCUUGCGGCGCGGUGCGCAAACGAUUCUACGAAGUAUUCCUCGUUGUGCACGUUCUAUUCGGGAUCGUCAUUGUCUACGCUCUGUUUAGGCAUAUGAGCAAGUUCGGCGCGGAAUACACUCCCCACCUGUGGCCUGUAGUGGCUAUCUGGUCCUUCGAUCGACUCGUCCGCCUCCUGCGCCUGGCACUCUGCAAUCUGCCUAUCCACCGCAGUAGCAGCGUGCAUUCUCCCUACCAGAGCACCGUCACCUACCACCCCAGCAGCGACGUUCUCCAGAUCGAAAUCCAGCCCGCGAUCCUCCCCACCUCGCCCAAAGCCGGACAUUACUACUAUAUCUACCAACCCACGACCUUCCGCGGCUGGGAGAACCACCCCUUCACCACGGCCUCCGUUCGCUACUCCGACCGCGACAGCUCUUCCACAUCCCCCUUCCCUGGCUCGACCACUCCUCCCCGCACGUCAACGGAGAAAGAAGCCGCUAUCACCACGCAGUCCCGUCCUCUCCCGCUCCCUUCACUCACAGCAUCCACUCCGACGCUAACCUUCUGGGUCCGUCCGUACACCGGCUGGACCCACCGUCUCAAAGCCCAAGCCAUCGCCGCCGGCAACACCCUGCACCCCACCCUCGUCCUUGAGGGCCCUUACGGUCGCAGUGCGUCCACCGCCCUGCGCACCUUCAACCGCAUCGUCAUGAUUAUGGGUGGCACCGGCAUCGGCGUCGCGACGGCAUACCUCCAAGUCCUCCUGUCGGCCCCGCAGGGGUUGGAGCAUCCGCAAAUCGACCUCCACUGGACGGUGCGCGAGCCCGCGCUAGUCGACCAGCUGUAUCGCGCGGAGUUGGGCUCGUAUCUCCAGUGCCCUGGAGUGCGGAUGCGCUUUUACUGUUCGCGAGGAUCAUGUGAUGCGGUGGAAGGUGAUGGAGUGCUCUCUGGGGGGGAUGUGAAUGUGGAGGAGGGGCGGGCGCCCAUUGCGCAAAUUGUGGCCCAGGCGGGGGCGGAGGAGGGCUCGGUGGCGGUGGUGGUAUGCGGUCCGGCGGAGAUGGCGGAUCUCACGCGCGCGGCCACACUGGCGGCGCGGCGCGGCGGGGCGAUCGGGAUGGAGUACUUUGAGGAGGCGUAUGGGUGGUAGUCAAUUUCGUGGUAUCGGGGGAUGGCAUUGUGGUGGUACAGGCUUUGGGGUGAUUUGAGUACACAGAACAAAGAGGUGACUAGCCAAAGAAUAAUCAUCAUGUCUGUAUGCUAAGACUGAC